AUGGCACGCCAGCAGCGGUCGGCGUCGGCGUCCGACGCAGUCCUCGAGAAGGAGCAGCAGAUGCACCGCGCUCCGGCGCAUGGCGGCGCUCGACCAGUUGUGCCCUUCAAGCUCGUGCAGUUCGUGCUCUUCCUUGACUUCUUCAUCAACCUCGUUGCCACGACCAUGACGUCACAGUACACGUUCUUUGAAGUCGCCAAGCACACGCGGCUUCUCUCGACGGCUGCCGUCGGCCUCUGCGCGCUCGAGCUCCUCCUGCGCAUCGCCUGUCUUGGCCGCCACUUCUGGUCGUCGGUCGUCUCGUGCCUCGACCUGGCGGCGUUUGCGCUCAUGGCCGCGCUGCUAGGCUGCCGCUACUGGAAGAAGGACAACCGCAACAACUGGCGCAUUGACUUGAACGGCAAGGAGAUGGACGAGUACCACGACAAGUUCAAGAUCAACCAGAUCGAACAGUACUUUGCCGCCGCCUACGUUUUCGCAGUCGCACUGCGCUUUGUGCUCAAGUCGCAGGCCCGCGACUACUCGCUCUCGCUGCAGACGCCGGCGAAAGCAACGACGGUCUCGGUCGCGUCGCUGAAAUCCACGCUGCGCUCGAUGCCGGGCAUGACGCAAGAAGCGCUCUCGUUGAUGACCACGGACCUCGCGAUCCUCUGCGGCGACGACGACGGUCUCCUCACCACGACCGAAUUGCAGCUUUUUCUUGAAAAAGCCGUGCUCCACCGCCCGGCCGACAUGUCGAUCAACGCGUUUCUCCAGCACCUCCAGAGCCUCGACACGACGCCUGUCGUUGCCUACGGCAUCCAAGACGUGCUCGGCUCGACCUACCGCCACUGGUCGAACCAAAAGAUGCUCAUGCUGGCGACGUUCCUCAUCGUCUUGUUCCACGCGACCCUCGUACCCAUCCUCGCGUACCUGCUCCAGAUCCUCGGCGAUUACGCAUUUCCCACGCUGGACGACACUGGCACCUACAUCGAUGUGCCGGGUGUCAAGCCCAACCGGACGCUCACGAUUGGUCUCGCUGGCCUCGGCGGCCUCUGCGUUCCAUUUGUAAUUUUGGAUGCGCUCAUGGGGUUUUGCCAGUCGCGACUCUUGUCGCGCGCGACCGAGUCGAUCCAGAACCGGUUGGUGUCGCUCUUGCUCCACGAGUCGACGGCCUUUUACGCCAUGCGAUCCGAAGGCGACCUCAACAACCUCUUUGCCUCGGACGUUGCGCGCGUCAACACGCUGUGGCAAGCUGUGUUUUGGAAUUUCAUCUACCCCGUCGUGUCGAUCACGCUCGGCUUUGGCGCCCUCUUCUUCUUCGAGCCCACAAUCGCCAUCAUGAGCUUUGGCUUUGUCAUCAUCUCGGUCAUGUCGGGACCGCGCACGUUUGCGUCGACGCAGUCGCAAGCGUUUGGCUCCAAGUCGGCGUUUGCCGCUGCCGAGUUUCAGAACGCGGUCGGGUGCCACAAGGUCGUCCGCGCCUACCGCAUCCAGACGCCGCUCCUUCGCAAGUUUUCAAAUACCAUUGACACGCUGCGCGAAGCCCAGUUCCGCAAUGAUUUCUGGAGCGGCCUCGUCCAGAUCUACGUCGAGUCAGCCAUGUUCCUCUUUGUCGCGAUCAUCACGUGCGGCAUGGCGGUCAAGGUGUGGCAAGGCUACAUGACGGCGGGUGACUUUUUCUCGGUCGUGACGCUCCUCAGCCGCGUCUCGACGCCCGUGACGGUCCUCGGCGGCUUCAUGCGCGUCGCGAUUGGCAAUGCUGCCAGUCUCCAGCGCCUCGACACGAUUCUGUACCAGCGGUAUGCGUCGUCGCCGACGACCGACGAUCUCCCGUCGCUUCCGAUGCUCACAUCGUACAUUCGCUUUCAGCACGUGUCGUUCCAGUACCCGAGUUCUGACGCGCCAAUCGUGCAUGAUUUUAGUGCUUCGAUUCCGCUGGGCCACUAUGUGUGCGUGGUCGGGCCCAGUGGGUGUGGCAAGAGCUCGCUCCUCAAUGCACUCUUGCAAGUCUACCCGCUGAGCGCGGGGUCGAUUCUCUGGGACGCCUCUCCGAUCGCCAACUACUCGCAAGCGAGCCUCUUGAGCCAAGUGGCCGUUGUGUUUCAAGAUGGCGGUAUCCUCAACGGCACGAUUCUCGACAACAUUCGCUAUGGCCGGCCCACCGCGACACUCGAAGACUGCAUCGAGGCCGCACGGCUCGCCAACUGCCAUGCGUUCGUGUCGCAGCUGGCGAUGCAGUACGAGACCGUCGUCGGCCAGCACGCCGACGUCUCGCUCAGUGGCGGCCAAAUGCAGCGCAUCUGUCUGGCGCGGGCGCUGGUGCGCAAGCCGAAGCUCUUGAUUCUGGACGAAGCCACGUCGGCGCUCGACACGGAGACGGAGGCGCAGGUCGUCGCGACGCUCAAGAAGCUCACGGCGUCGUGGGGCAUGUCGAUUCUUUCGGUGACGCACCGUCUCGCGACGACGCAAUCCGCCGACAACAUUCUCGUGCUUCAGAACGGAACGCUGGCCGAAGAGGGCUCGUACGCGGCGCUCAUGGCCAACCCGUUUGGACUCUUCCGCGAAAUGGUGCAGAAGAAGGCGUCGGACGGCAGCCCUCGCCCGUCGGCCGCGCCCAAGUCGGACGAAGAAGCCAUGUACCUCUCGGAAGAAGCGCUCGGCGCCUUUACGCGUGGCCUCGAAUCGCGCGUGGUACAAUUCGCUCGUUCCAAAGACGGACAAGUUGUCUGA